CUCUGUGAUAAUUACAUUGCCAGCCGUCUCUAUCCUUUUUCCCUGGCUCUCUGUGUUACUUCGGAUACUAUGGUAAAACAGGGGCAAGCUGCUGCUGCUGCAGCUAAGUUGGAAAAGUAUGCACGCCCCCCUGCCUCACAGCCGCCUUCUGGAGAUGCAGCCCAAGGCCUCCCUUCAGCCCCUGCUUCUACAUCCUCGGCCUCUGGCUCGGAGCAGCCUAAUACGCCUGAAGAGACCCUGCAGCAGGUCCUGGAGGCUGUCACCUCUAGUGAGAAGCGUUUAUCUGAUAACAUGGAGAAGGUGCAAUUACAUCUUUCAUUAUUACACCAAGACCAUCAAAGAGCUCGGGAACAAGGGGAGGCUGAGGCACGCUUCUCCACCCUGGAGGACUCUCAUUCUCCUUUACAGGCCACAGUUAUGGGCAGUUUGGUGAGAACCUUUAUUUUCUUGGACCUGGAAGCCACAGGCCUAAACCAAGAUGAUCCUAAGAUUACAGAGGUGUCUCUGGUGGCUGUCCAUGUGUCCUCUUUGAGGAACCCAGUCCAUGAUGAUUCGGGAAAACUGCAGUUACCCCGAGUGCUAGACAAGCUUUCUCUGUGUGUAGAUCCAGGGAAGCCCCUCACUCAGAAGGCUGCAGAGAUCACCGGUCUUAGCAAUGAACAACUGACCACUUGUGAGAAGCAGUUGUUCGAGGAGACUCUCAUUAACACCGUCAAUGAGUUUGUGAAUCGUCAGGCCCAGCCUGUCUGCCUGGUUGCCCAUAAUGGAUUUUCAUAUGACUUUCCCCUACUGAAGGCUGAACUGCUGCAACACCAGCGCGAUUUCCCUAGCUCCAUGCUGUGCCUGGAUUCCUUACCAGCUUUAAGAUACCUGGAUAAUCAGAACCGUCCAAACACAGUCAAAGGGCGGUACUCCCUUCCAGAACUGUACCGACGUUACUUCGGCACGGAGCCAGAUUUGUCUCAUUACGCAGAGGGCGAUGUGAUAACUCUCAUCCUGGUCUUCAUGUCCAGAGCAGAGCAACUGCUGGAAGCAGCCAGUUACAAGAGGUGGGGAGAGAUCGCCCCUAUGUACGGAUUACCCACAGUGCAAUAAUCACCCGAUGCUUCGUGCUCAGCCGUGUGAUGGGACUGUAUAUAUAAUGAUAUACUAUAUGAAAUAUUAACUAACACGUCCAUUCCCAACUCUUUUUUUAUUUUUUCUCUGAUUUAGUAUCUUACCUCUGCAGUUUAUGGUAAAUGUGUAUUAUUGUUCUUUUUGUAUUGUGAAUUAAACUGAACUUUGUUUACAUACUUUCAAA